AUACGGUAUUUGGAGAAGCUUAAAACUUCGAAGGCUUAUGCAGGAUACCGUGAUGAUGGUGAUGAACCGAUCAAGAAGCAGCGAAAGCUCUCCAGCAUUUCUAGCGUAGAGAAUUAUGGUGCAUCGAAGCACGACAAAGAUGGGAAGAAGGCUAGAUCUGAUAUGGCGUCGGAAGACAAGGAUUAUGAGGAAGAAGAAGAAUCAGCUUCUGAUGGUGAUGUUGAAGCCAAUCAUAAGAAGCAGAGGAAGGAAUCGAUCGAUGCAUUGAUGGACGGUAAGAGAGAAAUGACUCUUACCACACGUCAAAGAGCUCUUCAGUCUAGCAAAGAUGCAACGUCCGCUCGAGGUGCUAGUUUAAUCGAAUUCCCAAAUGGUUUACCGCCUGCUCCACCCCGAAAGCAAAAAGAGAAACUCACCGAUGUGGAACAACAACUUAAGAAGGCGGAAGCUGCACAAAGACGACGAAUGCAAGUUGAGAAGGCUGCUCGGGAAUCCGAGGCCGAGGCGAUCAGAAAGAUACUCGGUCAAGAUUCAAGCCGAAAGAAGCGGGAAGAUAAAAUGAAGAAGCGCCAGGAAGAAUUAGCUCAGGUAUUGUAAUCUUAUAACUUCUAAUUAUGUGUUAGUGUUAUGAAUA